GAUUGCGCAGUAGUUCAAUGCGCGGGUGAUUCGAAUCAAGAUGGCGGAAUACAAUAUUUACGACAUUUGGGCAUCAAUUUGAACAACUUUUACGUUAUAUACUGGAAUGCCACGGAAAAAAGUAAAUAGGAAAAAACGAAAAGACCAUGAUGACACAGAAUCAGAGUCUGGGAAACUUUCUGAAACACAGGAAGUAGCAAAAAGACUUUCCAGGACUCGUUUGGGAAAGGAAAAUGCUUCCCGGCCUCAUCAUGUCAACUUGAAGAAAACAAAGAAAGGUCCCCUAGAUCCCUAUGAUGCCGACUCUGAAGUYGAAUCAGAUAUUAACAUCCAAACAGACACUGACAGAUCACCUAUGACUCCCAUGAUCACUGACAACAUCCCUGAAACUUUGCCGUCAAAUCCACGUUUAACUGCCUUAAAUCCUCAACUGUCAUUAUUCCACCAAGAUCACUCWACACCAAGUACCAUAACUCCUGGACGUUCAGAUGACUCUCUCUAUGGRUUUGGGGCUGUUUUGAAUUCUCCACUUCCGUUCUCUCCUGUUAGUGCUACCCCWUCUGGCCUUCCUUCUUCUCCCUCAGGUAGUGUUUUUUCUAUGACAUCAUCAAUGUCAACUACCAUAUCACCUGGGAAACGAAAACUUAAUUUGAGGGUUUUUGAUAUGCCCAUUGAGAAGCCUUCCAAGAAGGCAAAGAAGAAGAAAACAAAACUGGGCAAAGAGAUACCUCAGAAUGAAGUAAGUCAAGUCCUUGGUGAUUUUGAAGAGGUAGAAAUGUUUGACUUGAUCAUUGAGUAGAUGGGUACAUUGUAUUCAUGUAUAUAUACUAUAUUUUUUGUAUAAAGACCUYGUCUUGUAAAUAUUUUAGCUCUUUGAAAAAUAGAAAAAAAUGUGGUAUAAAUGCCUGCGGUGGGAAUCAAAGAAAGGGUUGAUUUUUUAUUGGGAAAUGAGAAUUCAACUUGAUAGCUAUAACUCACUGACCAAAARACAAACAAACAAAUCAAUAAACAAACAA